AUGAUGCACAGUGAUGCACAAGAGAAGUUCCAAGAAAAUUCGUCAAAUUCUUAUAACGAACAAGACAUUCCUUUUUGUGUGGACAAGUUUUAUUGUCCGUCUGGUGUUUGUCUUCCAUGGAAGUCUACCUGUAAUAUAAAAGAAGAUUGUCCAAGUAAUGCAGACGAGCCUAUCGUUUGUAAAGCUACUCUAAUAGGGAACGAGACUUGCCCCCUCAAUGAUCUGAAUUGUGAAAGUGACAACAUGCCACAUUGCAAGACAAAAACAUCUGCGGACUGCAACUUUGAAAAAGAUGGUUUCUGCCAAUGGCAGCAGGCAGAUAGCAAUUACGACGAAUUCGACUGGAAGCGUAAUCAAGGCAACACGCGUUCUAGUCUUACAGGGCCAGAGAGAGAUCAUACAACAGGCACAGAAAAAGGCUGGUACAUAUACAUUGAAGCCAGUGAGCCGAGAGUUAAAGGAGACAGAGCUGUCAUUGAAGCUGGACCAUUUGAACCCAAUAAAAGUUUUUGUUUUACGUUUUACUAUCACAUGACUGGGUCGGAUCUUGGGGAAGUAAAUGUUUACAAGUCGUGGUGGAAUCGAACCAAUGUUCAGUUAAUGUGGACUAACAAUAUUUCCAUUCCUAAGUGGAAAAAGGCAUAUAUUGACGUAAAUUCAACGCGCGCUUUCUACUUGAUGGUCGAAGGAGUUUGUGGUCCUGGUUCCAUUGGUGAUAUUGCUAUUGAUGAUCUUUUGUUGGUUGACAAACAUUGCUCUAAAGAAAGAAACGAUAAAUCACCAUUUUGUUCGUUUGAGAAGAAUUGCUCAUGGGAUAUCAUUAGCCCUAAAGACUCAAUAGAUGAACUUGAGGACGUAGAAAACAUCUUUUUGCAAUCAAACUAUCUGCGACUGAUUUCAUCAGGAAGGCUUGAGAUCACAUUAAACGAAGAAAAAACCGCUCGUUUUCAUUGCAUGUCGUUCUGGUUUAAACUUUGGAAAGCAGCAAGCUUUACAACGUCACAGCAACUUCAUGGCAACACACAUGUUCUUGAUCACAGUCGUAAUGACAAUUUGGAUCAUUGGGUAUUUGCUGAAAUGCCUCUUAUUUCUGCCUACACAAAGUCAAAGCUUGUUUUUAAUGUUACUGGCCUUUCAAAGAAACAACACUGGUAUCUUGCCAUUGAUGAGAUUAAGUUAUCUAUUGAAACCUGCAUUAGCUACUUGCAAGGUGGUACUGCAUGGAUCACACGAUUUUCAAGAGUCUACAAGUCAUUAAUACGGCGAGGCGACUAUGGUAGAAUCACAGCCUUCUAUGAUCCUGGUUUAUCCUCUAGAAAGACUUCGAAUUCAACAAAAUCAAGUCCCGUCCCUGGAUUUAUUUUAUCGAUUCAAAUCAAUAAGCAAAAUAUUAUCAUGGAAGAUUUUGAGCAGACAACUUACUCUAAUUUGAGCAUAGGAAGUCAAGUUCUUGUUAAAGAAUCUAAUAAUUCAGCUAUGUGGAAAGGAAAUGCAGUUUAUUGUCCCCCCAAAUGGAUACCAUAUCAAAAAAGCUGUUAUUAUCCUACGUCUCGUAAUCGAACGAUAAAAAACGCGAAGAAUAAUUGUCAAAAAUUGGAUGGCGCAACUUUAGUUAGAUUAAGUGACAAAGACAAAAGAGAUGCCGUUACCCGUGAUUUAAAAUCAAACGAUUUUCUUGGGCCUCAUACGGCGGAAAACCACCAAAUUAUCAAAACUGCAUUAUUUUGUGAAUAUCAAUUAGAAGGAAUAAGGUAUGACUCGGGUAUGCUAGCUGAAUCUGGUAUUUUGCCAACAUUGCAAGAUCAAGCUUAG